AAAGAUGGAGUAUGGAGGGAUGCUCCUGCUCCUGCCUUUUCUUUCUCCUUUGUUCAUCACGCAAUAUCGCAAUCAACUCACCACUCACCGCUCUCAUGUGCAUGUGCCCUGUGCCAUAGACAUCGCUACCGGUACCGCCACCGAUACCACACCUCUAUCGCCACCGCUUUUACAGAGCUACCGGUAGCCAGCUUGGAAGCAGAAAAGUCUAGCUAGUCGGUACCUGGUACCGGUACUAGUAGGAGGAAACCACAAGCGGCACGUCUCGAUUCUCGAACACAAUCCAGACAUCCAGACCAUGGCUGAGCUUCAAGGAAUGGCGGGGGUAGCAGAGCAACCCGGACGGCACGGUCAGCCGGAGGAUGGGAUGGCCUGCCUUCCUGAGCACGUUCGACACAUGCUCCACGAACCAAUCAACAUGGCACUCAAUGACCACGAGAUUCGUCGGGCUUGGCAGAUCAAACGAGCCGUCGAAGCCAACGAGGAACUUCAAAACCUGACGGAUUUUGAGUACGCGCACUAUGCUCUCGGAACAUCAUCGCGGCAGAAUGGAGACGAACCCAUUGAGCAAGUAUUGCAUAGGAUCUACAUGAUGCAAUGCUUUCGAGAAGAGUACAAUGUGAAAGAUUCUCUAGAAGAGGGGAUUCAAGUCCUCCAUGAUUUCACAAUACAACAUCGAGGUGUCACUCUUUCUGUGGAGUUUCUCCCCGAGGGGCGUAACUUUAUCAGCGUCGAAGAUCUGGCCAAGCUGUACCCAGCCAGAGAUAUGGCCACUCCGGAUCAGGUUCGAGUCUACAUGGCAGGCAUGUACUACAAGAAUCACGCCAAAAUGCCAUUCUUCUUCGCCAUUCGGGAUGGUUGCACGGCGGUGUGCGAGUGUGAUUCCAUGACGUGGGAUAACUACGAGCAUGUUGCCUUUGAACGUCUCAACGAACAACUUGUCAAGUGGUAUCCCAAAAAGAAUAAGGACUUGUUUUUUGUCAAUACCCCAUCGGUCAUGAACUUUGUGUGGGGUAUCUGGAAACGAAUGCUCAACCAAAAUCACAAAGAAACCUUCCAUUUGGGUCAGCGCUUUGAGGCUGUCGAUGACAGGAGGCUUGACUCUCUGUAUUGCAUCCCCAAUGAAGAAGCGGCCCGUCGCAAUGUCCUUCGCAAGUCUUUUGCAUUUCUGCAGCUGCGAUACAAGAAUCAAAAGGAGUACAGGCUGCCUGCCUUGCCAGAGGAAGGAGCAUAAAUAAAUUGCAAUGCAUUAGCAUGAUGUUUGCUUUGGCAGCAUAGAUCAAGUCGCUAGCUCUAAGAUAAUACUACCGUACAGUAAAUCUAUCUGAGGUUGUGUCUAUCAUUGGUUAGCUGGAAGGCAGCCACUGGACUUCGCCAACAAAAGAGA